UUUUGGCUUUAUUUUCUUUUCUUUUCUUCGUCACUCCAAUUUCAAGCCUCACAUUUCUUCAACACACAAAUGGCUGCCACAACAGCCACUAUCCCUGUCCGGUCCGACCGUAUCUCUGCCGGUUCAUCUUUCCCAAGACCACCACCGGUUCGCAGUCUCGUUAAACCGAUCCUCACCGAACCUUGGCCGCUACGUAAAAGGUGGAGGCACGCGUCAACGAGGAGCGUGGGACCGGUUCAAGCGAGUUCGCGCGCAGAUGACUCAGCACCGUUCGAGAUGUCGGUUGAAAACGCGCUGAAGCUGUUAGGUGUAUCGGAAGGUGCUUCCUUUGAUGAUAUACUUCGCGCCAAAAACUCCAUCGUUGCUUCUUGCAAAGAUGACCAAGAAACUAUUUCUCAGGUCGAGGCUGCAUAUGACAUGUUGCUUAUGCAGAGGUUAACUCAGCGGCGAGCAGGAAAAGUAGUGAGCAGCAGUGUUCGUUAUGCCGAUGUAAAACGUGUUCAGUCCCAGGCUAAUAGUUCAAUGCCUCAAUGGAUGCAAUCCACCAUGAAGAAAGCACCAGUUUCAAUUGAGUCACCUUCCACCAGGGAUCUUGGUCUACAAGCUGGAGUAUAUGGUGCACUGAUGGGUUUGACCUAUUUUAGUGGCUCUUCUUCGCCCCCUGCAGGUUAUGCUGGGGCUGAUGUUCCGGGACUUAUCUUGGCUGGUAGCUUUGGUGCUUCCUUGUACUUCAUGACCAAAAAGAAUGUUAAGUUAGGGAAGGCUGUUGUUAUAACCAUAGGAGGGCUCGUAGCUGGUGCUGUUGUAGGGUCAGUUGUAGAGAACUGGUUGCAGGUAGAUAUUGUCCCAUUUCUAGGCAUACGCUCCCCUGCUGCUGUUGUUAGUGAAGUCAUAAUCAUCUCUCAGUUCUUGGUUUCGCUAUACCUAAGGUAGACAGGAAAACUUGGUGAUCUCGUAUUAAAAUGUGAAAUCUGUAAUUAUUCAUUUGCAUGAUCAUGUCCAAGGGUUGACAGGGAAGGCUACUGUUAUAGCGGUUUAGCUGGCCCAGUGGUAGCAUCAGCUGUAGAGAACUGGUCGCUGUAGAAAUUGUCCCAUUUUUGGGCAUAGGGUUCCCUGUUGAUCUUGUUAGUGAAAUCAUAAUUCUUGGUUUCUCUGUACUUAAUCUAGACAGGAAAACAUGGCAACCUUGUAUCAAAAGCAAACAUGACAAUCUUGUAUCUAAAGCUGAAACUUGUAAUUUUUCAAUUACAUGCAGCAUGAUCAUACCUCAUGCAUUUUUAGGAUGUAAAAUGAUUGCAUAUUGUACAAAACAUAAUAUGAAAUGUAGUUGUUUAUCUGGCAAAUUAAAAAGCAGCAUGCAAUAUAUAUUGUAAA